AUGAAGCUUGAGAAGCCAAAGGCAGCGAAAAUUAUUUAUGUAGAUAAUCCGCCGUUAGUUGGUCGCCCGUCUUUAUCAUGGCGUAAUCUAUUUACAAAGACACCAGAAGUGGACAAUACCAAAGAACUGAUCCGUACCUGGUUCUGCUUGAGGGAGCUCACUCGGCAUGGUUGCAAGCAACAGUCCCCCUUAGUAUUAGAAGUUGGUGACAUUUUGGAUGAAAGUGCUAAGAAUUUCCUUAAAACUGCACUCAGUACUGGUAAAGAAAAUAUUGAGAAUAAGAAAGAUGAAAAAGUUAUUGGGAAAACUAUUGAAGAUGCAAUAUCUGAUGG